AUGCUUUCUUGGGCUGUUGUUUCUGUCUUUUUCUUUACUCUAUGUGUCCAAGGCGCAGGAGUAGACCUCGACACCGCAAUCAAGCCCAUCUUAUCACAGAUCGAAAGCAACCUCAAAGUCGACCACCAGAACCCACCGUACGCUGAUACGGACAAGUAUUGGGAGGGAACUUGUAUACAGAACUGGGGGAAAUGCCCAAACCUUGGAAAGUACAGGCGUAACUGGAUCGUCAACGGGAAUGCCACUGCCUUCUAUACUGCCAAUGUAGAGACAAGUACGGUAAACCUUGGCCAAAAGGAUUCCAAAAUGGUCCUGACGACUUCGACUUCAACAACAGAGUCGACGACUAAAGGUUGGACCAUUGGUGCAAAGCUUUCAGGAACGGUUGGUGAAGAUGGUACGUCAGCCGGGGCCGAGAUCUCGGCUUCGUACUCUGAAACCACGACCAACGGCAAGACGGAGACGAGACAGGUAUCCCACGAAACGUUUUGCGAACCUGGUAGUGAAUGCCGCAUCGAGACCUGGACCUUUCAUGCCAAGAUUGCCGGAUCCUGUCAGUGGAAGCCGAUGCUGGAUUGCAAUGGCCAGCAUGACCAGUGUGCUGAGCAGCUCGGGGGCUGCGCACAGUUUGACGACGUAUACCGAGACAACUGUCUUGCCGGGAGACCCGAUGAUGCUUGCGAGGUUCAGACGCCAAUUUAUGAACAGUCUGGAAAGCCAUUUACUCAAAUUGUUCUCGUCUCCAAGAAGCUCAAUGGGGAGAAGAAGCGGUCAGGUGUUGACCAAGCGACAACAUACAAGAUUAUCGGUUGA